CCUUCCUGUCCCAGUCGGCUUACAGAAGUUCAGCAUGUGAUUGCCCGGCGGCCGGUUGACGACACGCGGCUUGGCACUUUUGGUCGAUGAGCGAGUUCGUCGCAGGAAAGUCUGUCGACUUCCUUGUUUGUCCCAGGUUUGCUGCUCCUUCUCUCCUUCCUUUAUUCUUAAACUUCCCGAGUCGCUCUCUUUGCUUUCUGUUGGUUUGGAGUUUCUGAACCCACUCGACUUGGACACAUUCGCUCGAACAGCUUCCGAAGCUUCCGUCAUGGCUUCCAUGUUACCAUCAAUACCGUACCCUCCCUCCAGAGAUGGCUACUGGAGCCCCGUAACCUCUACACUUAAUUGGUGUGAGGAGGACUACUAUGCCACUAUCUACUCGGCCGAGAUUGUCAACACCCUGACCAACCUCCUCUUUGUCUGGCUGGCCUUCCGUGGUAUCAACAACUGCAUUCAGAAUGGUCAUGACCAGAUCUUCCUCGUCACCUUCAUCGGAUACCUGGUCGUUGGAACUGGCAGCUUUCUCUUCCACUCGACCCUGAAAUACCCGAUGCAACUUGUCGACGAACUCUCGAUGAUCUACACAACGUGCCUAAUGUUCUAUGCAACCUUCUCGCACAAGCAGAGCCGCUCAGUCCGCAUCUUCCUCGCCCUGUUUCUGGUCGCCCUGUCAAUCUUUAUUACAGGCUAUUACCACUAUCUUGGUGAUCCCGUCUUCCACCAGAACAUGUACGCACUCUUGACAGCAGUUGUCCUGUUCAGAUCUAUGUACGUCAUGGAGCGCGACAUCCGCCCGAACCCGAAGGCCAGAGAGGCAGCACGCAAGAGCAUGGGCAAGCAGAGUCUUCUCAGUGAGCAGGAACAACAGCGCCAGGACGACAGAGACCGCAAGAUCCUCAAGACCAUGUGGCUCAUGAUUGCCAUGGGAUUGUCUAUCUUUCUGGGCGGCUUUGGUAUCUGGACUUUGGACAAUGUCUACUGCUCCCGUCUGCGCAAGUGGCGCCACGAGGUUGGCUUGCCUUGGGGUAUCUUCCUUGAGGGACAUGGAUGGUGGCAUCUCAUGACUGGAACCGGAGCAUACUUCUACAUUGUUUGGGGAGUGUGGCUCCGUCAUUGCUUGAACGGACGUCAAGACGAGUUCAAGCUAGUCUGGCCCAGCGUCUUCACAUCGCUGCCUUCGGUUGUAAAGAUCAAUGCGAGCGAAAAGAAGCAGAACUAGUAGUUUCUGCUCAAGCUCAACAGCGUAGAUGAGAACAUGAUAUAGAAAAGAUAUGAAAGUAUUCCGCAAGGAC